UAUUGCGCUUCAUUCGGCCACAGUUGAACAUAUUACAUCUUUCACAACAUUCAAAAACCAAGACGCGUAUUCGUAGAUAAUAUAAUGUCAUAAGACUACUGUCCUGUGCUUUGAAAGUGAACAUCUAUUAACCUGGUCUAGUUGGCUGGCUCAUUCAGUUCCAGAUAGGCAAAUCUUGUCCACUUUAAACUUCUUAGAGAGAUCGGGAGUCAGCAAGCUUAUUUAGCUGAGACAUUAUAUGUUAAUAACAGUAUCUGUAAAUGCAUCUGGAUCGUUCACUCAAACCUGCUACCUUUUAAAAGGGCGUGGAUCUCUUCUUUAAAAACAUGAUUAAUAAGCUUUAGUUGAUAAGGUGUGCGUUUUAUAUGACAGUGCAUUUCUAAAAGCAUUUUUAUUAAUCAUAUACAUCAUGCGUUGUAACCAUAGUUUUUAAUUACUACAACAAACUGGUUAAUUGCUAUUAGCUACAACUGUCAUAAAAAAAUAAAUUAAAUCGACAAAUGUUCUAAAAGCUCAUAUUGUUUAAUGAGAACCCAGUUUAAUGUAUUAUGAUUUACCAUUAUUUACAGUAACUGUAGUAUCUGUGGAAACUCAGCUUAUUUUUUAUUUUUUUGUGUGUGUGUGCAAGUUUUAGUAGUUGGAGGUGAAAAUACUGUCUUUGUUAUUUUCAUUUGAUGGAACACCUCUAGAAACAUACUUUUUCAGUACACUGUAUUAGAGGAUAGUAAUCAGCUACUGUAUACUCACCCCUUAGAUUGGCAGUAAAUGAGAAAUCGGUGCUAUUCACCGUGGGCUGCCCAAAACCCCAGAAAACAGUCUCAACAGUGUGAGAACAAAGCAUUCUCAGUGCGAACACGAAUCUUAACUCAAGACACACCAAAUCCAAGAAGUUUAAAAUUCCUUCCUGGUAAGCCUGUAUUAGGCACAGGGACUCGAGAUUUCCCAUUGCCAGACUCAGCAGAAAGUUACCCUUUAGCCAGAGAUCUUUUCCAAAUCGAAUGUGUGAAAAGUGUCUUUUAUGAGCCAGAUUUUAUCACACUGACUAAGACGGACAAUGACGUUGAGUGGACAGACAUUAAGCGGCAUGCGAUUGAGGUCAUCACUAAAUUUUUGGACAGUGGAGAACCCAUUACAACCAGAGUGACGCAUGCUGAGAGAAGUGUCACAGAGGAUGACGAUGACAUAGUUUCCAUGAUAAAGGAGCUUUUAGACACCCAGAUCAGGUCAUACCGGUCAGACUCAUAGCAUGAGACCUUUCUCUGCUGUCACCACAUUUCAAAGUGUUGUAAAUGUGUUAUAAAUACAGUGAGACACUCCAUAAGGAAG